AUGGAAUCUGGGCAUGGAGCUGGAUCGCCACCGACAGAGCCUGGCAUGUCUGGAUUUGCUCGAGGUAAGUGUUCAUGGAGCCAUUCAAUGCCUAGGGGUCAAGCGCUCGAAUCCCGGGACAACCGGCGAGAGCGAGACACGUACACGUACACACGCCCAGGUCCCACGUUCGAAUCCGGGCCACUUCUUCUAGGCUAUGGCUAUGGCUACCGCCAAGCAUUGGGGUCCUCCUCCUCUUCUUGGCGCGCUCGCGGCCGCGAUGGAUCUCUUCACCAAAUCCUAACGACGCUCCUCCGGGACGAUCCCACUGCUCCGCCAAUUCGAGGCAAGUUCUUCCAGAUCUCUCACCAGGAGAAAGAGGGCUUUGUCCCAGCGCAGCAGAGAAGAAAGCGAGAGAGAGCCAUGAUUCCGGGCCUCGCGCAACUGGGUCCAAGGAGACGAAGCAAUCGCCAGCAGCAGCAGCAACAGGAGCUCGAGCAGCAACAAAUAAAUUCGCAAGAACAUCGUUCCAGGCACUACCACCACCACCACUACCACCACCAUCACCACCACCAGCAUCAUCACAGCAGACCAAGGGCCUCUACACGAUUCCAGCAUGGUGUUCUUGAUCCACCCUCGCAAGGAACUAACACCACCACCAGCGAGACGGCCUCGUCCAGCCGCCCAGUGGAGCCUUUGUACUCUCAAACACACUCACACGACCGACUCUUUCGUGCCAGGCUACCAUUUUUACUCCAAAGACGCUCCGAGAGCGAGGCUCACAGGGCAGCUCUCGAGGCUCGCGGCCGUUUGGACGAGCGAUUGCGAGAAGCUACAUUCUUGGGCAGAAGGAAUCCCGAGAAUUCGCUGCCAAGGCUGGCGCAGUACUACUUCAACGCUCUCUUCUCGGACGAGGACGAGGAGAGCCUCGUCUGGGAGGACGAGCGCGAGUGGGAGGCGAGCUUGACCGAGUGGCUGGCGGGGAGAGUGUCCGGGUUUCGAGAAUCCUGGCAGCCCGAGUGGAUGAACGACUUGCCGGCGUCGCCGAUCCAGGGGCUGAGCAAGGCGGCAGUGAACGCUCUUCCCAGGGAGAUUUACGGCCAGAAGCGAUCCAGCAAGUGGAGAUCGAGCAGCAAAGGUCCGGAGGAAGAACAGGUGGAUUGCUCCGUGUGCCUGGAGCAGUUCUUGGCGGGACAGACUUUGCUGUGCUUGCCAUGCAAGCACAAGUUCCACCCGGCUUGCCUCACGCCAUGGCUGGAGCAGCACGAGCAGUGCCCGUAUUGCAGAGCUCACAUCCACAGCAGUAGCAGCGGCGCGGGAGGAUCGAGCAAAGGUGGUGACGAGUUUGAGGAUGAUAAUCUCUUGGCUUGGCUGGAAGCGUUCGAGACUGGAAUGUCGAGGAUGAGGUUCACUCCCAAUGGCAGCACCCGGUAGUCCAGCGAAAGCUUGUAUAUACUUUACAUUGGAAAAAUUCCAAGUGAUUUGAUGCUA